AUGGCGGAUGAAUCAACAGCGACAUGUGGUGAAGGUUUCAAUUGUGUAGCAUGUGACCGUCCCGAUGCUUGGUGUGACCUCGUGCAGUGUGAAGAUUGCCUAAAUUGGUGGCACCAGCGAUGCGCCGGAGUCACCGGGUCGAUCAAAGAUCAUCCCUGGUCAUGCCGUAAUUGUAUCCCAGCUAGCAGUGCUGCGUCCAAAAGCACCACCGGUAGUGCAAAAGCAAGAGCACUUACCUUGCAACUAGCCAAGUUGAAUGAGAUGCGUGACGCGGAGAGGAAGAAUCUGGAACUCAAAUCGCAAUCCGACCUCGCCUACAUCCAGCAGAAAUACAGUAUUUUGGAAGAGAAGCUGGAGCUGGAUGCGGAAGACGAUCUUCCCAGCGGGAGAAGCCGUAUCAGUCGCAAAAAUGCCCAGGCGAAUGUUGUAGAAUGGGUUCGGAAACAAACAGGGCAAGAAGAUGGCGCUGUAGGUGUAGAGGAUCAACAAGCGGCCGCUCUGCCCGAUGAGAUGCAAUCCUGUAAAGCAAAUGAAAUGAAUCAGUCGCACGACAAGGGCGCGAUUCCCAAACACAGUCCGAAGCCACCGCUGUUGGAACGAUCGGCAGCGGACAGGCAGAAAUCAAAUCCGAUGCCCUUGAUUCCAGAGCUGACGACGCCAAAAUUACCGUCUUCGAAACAACUGUUGUUGAAGGGAAAUUUGUUUAUACCAAAACCACAGUUAAUGGGACAACCUAAACCGCGGUUUCCUCCAACGAAGCUACAUCUGCUGGUUCGGGAUUCUGUACCUUCAGGUACUCCAAAUGUGGCUAAAACUCCACGGGCAUCGGGUAAAUCCUUGCUAACCACGCCAGGAGAGUCCGAUAGCAUCGACAUCAAUGAGGACCAAGAUGAAAUUCAGCCUUGCCUAAGUGAAGAUGGGAACCUUCAGUCGCUAGUACAACAACUUGGACUUGGCCCAGCUGACAUUCCCAAUAUAAAACAACAAUAUACUCAUUGUGCACCCUCUUCCUCGCAAUUGGCUGCGAGACAGGUAAUGCCCCGUGACCUGCCAUCCUUCUCCGGAAAUCCUGCCGAUUGGCCGGUCUUUAUUAGUAACUUUACCACAACUACUCUUGCCUGUGGAUACAGUCCCGCGGAAAACCUCAUUCGAUUGCAAAGAUGCCUAAAAGGCCCGGCAUUGGAAACCGUUCGCAGCCGUUUACUUCUCCCGGAGUCAGUCCCACACAUCAUAGAAACCCUUCGUUUACUAUACGGUCGUCCUGAACUAUUGAUAAACGCACUUUUGGCGAAAGUACGAUCUGUUCCUGCACCGAAAGCAGAGAAGUUGGAAUCCCUGAUCGAUUUCGGAAUAGCGGUUCAAGGCUUGUGCGAUCACUUGGAAGCAGCCAAUCAACGCGCUCACCUCUCAAACCCAUCGUUGCUGCUCGAACUGGUCGACAAGCUGCCCGUACACGUGAGGCUUGAUUGGGCCGCAUACACACGAGAGGUCGCGGAGGUCAACCUGCAGGACUUUGGGGAGUUUAUGUCCGAAGUAGUAAGGAAUGCUAGUCGUGUUACACUCUAUUCCGGAGUGGUAAAAAUAUGCGAGGAAAACAGCAAAUCAAGGCGAGGGACGCUGAACGUACAUACCGACAGUGAGCAUCCAAGCAAUUCCAGUGUACCGGAGAAGUCGUGCCCAGCGUGCAGUGGUAAAGACCAUCGCCUAAAGGAUUGCGAUCGCUUCAAGUCAUACAACGUGGACGGUCGGUGGAAGUUGCUGCAAAAUACAGGCAUUUGUCGUAAUUGUUUAAAUUUCCACGGCAGGAGAGCGUGUCGAUUGAACAGCGUUUGCGGUUCAGCGAACGCUGAGAAUCAUGUCCAUCGUUGUUCGGAGCAAGCCAUUCUCUUCAGAAUUGUCCCGAUCACACUUCACGGACCUGAAGUGGACAUAGAAACUUUCGCGUUUCUGGAUGAUGGUUCUUCUUUAACACUGAUCGAAAGCGCUCUGGUGGAACAGCUAGGGGUAGGUGGUGAUCCACAACCACUCUGCCUCAAGUGGACCGGAAACAUGUCACGCCUAGAAAAAGCGUCGAUGAUCGUCCAACUGGCGGUAUCGGGCUGCAACACACAACAGUUAGAAAUGAAAGACGUGCGCACGGUGAAAAAUCUCAACCUUCCACGUCAAACCCUGGACAUCGAGCAACUGUCGAGUAAGCAUCAACACCUGCGAAACCUACCAAUAUUCAGUUAUUACGACGCGGAGCCACGUAUCCUAAUAGGAAUCAAUAAUCUAAGGUUGAUGGUCCCUCUUCAGGUAAAAGAAGGUGACGUCGGGGAGCCAGUUGCUGUACGCACCAGGUUGGGAUGGAGUGUAUACGGUGGAACGAAAUCUCGCGAAACUAUCCCUUCAUUGAACUACCAUGAUUGCCAGUGUUCAACCGACGAAACACUGCACAACAUCGUCAAAGACUAUUUUGCCAAGGAGGACGUGGGAACUCAUCCUCACCAUGCGCUAGAGUCGGAUGAAGAAAAAAGAGCCCGAUACAUAAUGGAACAUAGUACAGUUCGCGUUGGUGAUAGGUUCGAGACAGGCUUGAUCUGGAGAUAUGAUAACUUCGAAUUCCCAGAUAGCUUUUCGAUGGCGCUGAAGAGACUGGAAUGUUUGGAGCGCCGGAUGGCCAGAAACCCAGUGCUGAAGGCGAAUCUGUUUCGACAAAUUAAGGAGUACGAAGACAAAGGUUACUCCAAUCGUGUCAGCGAAGCAGAACUGCUAGAAGCCGACCCGAGAAGAGUGUGGUAUUUACCACUUGGAGCAAUCAUACAUCCAAGGAAACCGGAAAAGGUCCGGAUGAUAUGGGACGCCUCAGCCAAGGUCGACGGCAUAUCGUUGAAUGAAAUGUUGCUGAAAGGUCCUGAUCAACUUACUGUGUUACCCGCUGUCCUGUUUCGGUUUCGUCAGUUUUCAAUAGCCGUCUCAGCCGAUAUCGAGGAAAUGUUUCACAGAGUCCUAAUCCGUCGAGAAGACCGGCACGCUCAACGUUACCUAUUCCGCAGCGAUCCUUCGAAGCCUCCAGAAGUUUACAUUAUGAACGUGGCGACGUUCGGUUCGGCAUGUCCACCGGCAUCCGCCCAAUAUGUAAAAAACUUGAACGCGUCGGAGUUCGCAGAGUCUCACCCCAGAGCUGUAGAAGGGGUUCUCAAAAGCCACUAUGUCGAUGACUAUCUUGAUAGUUUCCCCAAUGAACACGAGGCCAAACAAGUUUCCGCGGACGUGCGGAUGAUCCACACAGCGGGUGGUUUCAACAUACGCGGGUGGCGUUCCAAUAGUAAGGUAGUUCUCGAACACUUGGAUGAACAUACUUUGUCGCAGCCUAAAUACCUGAACAUGGAUGGAGCUGUAAACUACACGCGUGUACUCGGUUUACUCUGGCUACCGGAAGAGGACUUGCUUAGUUUUUCGGUGGUACUUCACAAAGAUCUGCAGAAUCUGAUCGAUAAAAAAGAAUAUCCAACGAAACGACUGGUUCUUAGAGUUCUAAUGUCAUUUUUUGAUCCUCUCGGAAUGUUGGCUCCUUUCAUAAUUCAGGGUAAAAUCCUACUGCAGCAAAUCUGGCGAUCAGGAGUUAAGUGGGAUGAGCGAAUCGAUAGCGAAGCGUUCAUGCGCUGGCGACAGUGGACUGGGUUAUUUCCAUUAGUCAACAAUGUUCGUAUCCCCAGAUGUUACUUCGAUAGUUCAACCGCGGAUCACUACAAUCGUAUGGAGCUACAUAUCUUCGUAGACGCGAGUGAAGAAGCCUAUGCAGCUGUAGCUUACUUUCGAAUCGUGCCGCCGGAUGGUGAUAUCAAGGUGGCAUUGGUCGCCGCCAAGACAAAGGUAGCCCCGCUUAAACCAAUGUCGAUACCACGGCUGGAAUUACAGGCUGCAGUACUUGGAAUAAGACUGAUGAAGUUCAUUCUAGAAAGUCAUCCGGUGAAAAUCGCUAGAAGAGUUCUACAUUCAGACUCUAGCACGUUUCUGUCCUGGAUCCGGUGCGAUCCCCGUCGCUAUAAACAGUACGUUGCACUCCGUGUCGCAGAAGUACUCAGCGAGUCUGAGGUCGACGAGUGGCGAUGGGUACCGUCGAAAAUGAAUCCUGCUGACAUCGCUACUAAGUGGGGCCACGGACCACCCCUCGAUCCAGACCACGAAUGGUACCGUGGGUACAAGUUCAUGAAACUGCCGGAAACUACGUGGCCGCCGCAACGUGUAGCCAUCCCAAUAACCGAGGAAGAGAUUCGUUCAUGCUAUACGCAUCAUGGGAUCUCUAUUCCAACACCAGUAGUUAACUUCAACAGAUUCUCAAGGUGGCCCACGCUGUUGAGAGGACUGGCGUAUGUCUUUCGAUACGUAAGCAACCUACACCGGCGGAUAAAGAAACAAGACACCACUGCAGGAUACCUUACGCAGGAAGAGUUGAGGAAGGCAGAAACGCACCUGAUUCGCAUGACACAGUGGGAAGUCUAUUCUGAUGAAAUGGUGACGCUGCACGGCAAUCAACAUCUGUCGCCUGAACGCAGGCAGCCAUUGGAAAAGAAUAGUACAUUAAACAAACUUACUCCGGUUUUGGACGAGAACGGCAUCCUCCGAGUUGACAGUCGCCUCAAUACUGCCAAGAAUAUCGCCAUGGAGACGAAAUUCCCGAUUAUUCUACCGAAAAAGCAUCCGCUUGCAUACUUGAUCGUCGACCACUUUCAUCGCCAAUAUCGGCAUGCCAACAGUGAAACCGUUGUCAACGAGGUACGACAGCUGUAUAAUAUCCCGCAACUUCGUCCAUUGGUCAAGAACGUUGCUCGAAAUUGCCAGGAAUGUAAGAUAGCAAAAUCUAUGCCAAGAAUACCGCGAAUGGCUCCUCUUCCGAAUGCACGUCUGGCUUUGUUCACUCGACCCUUCACCUACGUCGGGGUUGACCUGUUCGGUCCGCUGCUGGUAAAACUAGGAAGAAGCAACGUGAAACGGUGGGUGGCAUUAUAUACUUGCUUAACGACAAGAGCUGUACACGUGGAAGUUGUAUAUAAUCUCUCUACUGAGGCGUUCGUGAUGAGUAUGCGUCGAUUUGUGGCUCGUCGCGGAAGCCCUGUUGAGGUAUACUCGGAUAAUGGGACGAACUUCCAAGGUGCGAAUCGAUUGCUUCAAGAACAGAUUCAGAAAAUCGCCGAAGGUAUGGCAGCCACUUUUACCAAUACAACAACCAGAUGGGUGUUCAAUCCUCCGGGCGCUCCCCACAUGGGCGGUGCAUGGGAACGUUUGGUGCGAUCGAUCAAGGUAGCGAUGGCGGCGGUCAAUUCGUCGGGGCGAAAGCUGGACGACGAAGGACUCCUCACACUUAUAGUCGAGGCAGAAAGCAUCGUCAAUUCGCGUCCGCUGACGCAGCAGCAAUGGUGUUCGUCAGCCGGUAGUUGCCACAACAGAUGA